AUGUCACAGGAAACGACAACAAAAGCGAAGAAACGAAGAUCAUUGAGUUUGAAAGAAAAGCUUCAGAUUAUCGAAGAUGUGGAAGAAAAAGGACUGUCCUAUGCAACCAUCGCAGCCAAUUUACAUGUAAACGAGUCCACCAUUCGUACAAUCAUCCGACAGAAAUGCGAUAUAAAGAAGAUUGGGCCAGUUGCUUCCAAAAUAAGCGGAAAAGUUCAUCGGCUGCGGGAUCCCGUUUUUUUGGACAUGGAAAACGCGUUGAAUUCAAUGAUUGAGUGCAACACCGAGCGUGGCUUUCCAGUGGACUUCAAUUACAUCACAGAAAAGGCUCUGGAGUUCUACUCCGUUUACAACAAAAUGCAUGGAGUAGCUGAGGGAAAUAUCAAGCCUUUCAAUGCCUCCAAGGGCUGGUUUCAGAAAUUCUGCAAGCGGUACGGAAUCCACAACGUUCGUCUGCAUGGUGAAAUGGCUUCAGCUGAUAUUGAGGCUGCUGCAACCUUCCCGGCAUUCGUUGAACAGGAAAUCAAAGCUGGUGGGUAUUGUCUUGAUCAAGUGUUCAACUGCGACGAGACCAAACUUUUCUACAAAAAAACGCCCCAAAAUUCAUACGUCUCGGAUUAUACUAAGAAAAUGCCUGGAGCAAAGGCCGACAAAAAGGGAUUUUCAAUCCUUUUUUGUUCCAAUGCUGCUGGGUCUUUGAUGACAAAGCCUCUUGUCAUUAAUAAUGUGGCUAAACCGAGGGCAAUUAAAGAUGUGAUGCAUUCAAACCUUCCUGUGCACUACCGAAGCAAUAAAAAAGGUUGGAUGACACAGGACAUCUUUAAUGGCUGGGUUGAGAAUUGUUUUGUUCCGGAACUUGAAAGCUUCUGCCGUUCACGGAAUAUCGGUUUCAAGGCUCUUCUAUUGCUGGACAACGCGCCAUCGCAUCCGACAACGUUCGAUCAUCCCAACGUGAAGCUGCUUUAUCUGCCUCCCAACACCACAUCCUUGAUUCAACCCCUAGAUCAGGGCAUAAUUAGAAACUUCAAGUUGCUCUACAUCAAAAAAAGCUACCGACACAUCCUACAUUCAUCAGAAAAAGACAGUUCGUCAUUGAUUGAUUCGUGGAAGAAAUUUGAUUUAAAAAACUGCUUCGAUUGUGUGCAAGCAGCAGUAUCGGAGAUCAAACCAUCCACACUACAAAAUUGCUGGAAGAAAAUUCUUCCCAGCUAUUUUGAACAAACAGAGCCACCAACCGAGGACGAAGCGGUACUGAACGAAAUUGUUCAGAUGGGUGCAGACUUCGGAGCGGCAGGACUAACGGGUGAUGACAUAAAGGACAUGAUCAGGGAUCAACCGGCAACAGUGGAUGAAAUUGUUGCCAUCUUGGAGCCAGAACCAGCAAGCGAGAUCGAUGUCGUUGUCCCACCACCGGAUGCUGAAGAAAUUGAUAAUAGGAUCAGACAACUGAGCGAACUAGAAAGCUUCUGUGCACUGGACAGUAAUAUGGAACGAAGCCAGAAGAUGCAGGACAUCAUGCAAGAAUUUCAUCCCCAGCUCAAGCGUCUGCUCACAGAAUGGAAAGAGGAAGAGACAAAGUAA